ACACGGGGGUUUGGGGGCAUCCGGAUUCCUGGGAUCUCACCACGAACUUCUGCCCUUCCCCCCAGACUAUGUCGCCUGAAGAGUGGACAUAUCUAGUGGUUCUUCUUAUCUCCAUCCCCAUCGGCUUCCUCUUUAAGAAAGCGGGACCUGGACUGAAGAGAUGGGGGGCAGCCGCUGUGGGCCUGGGGCUCACUUUGUUCACCUGUGGCCCCCACACUUUGCAUUCUCUGAUCACGAUCCUUGGGACCUGGGCCCUCAUUCAGGCCCAGCCCUGCUCCUGCCACGCCCUGGCCCUGGCCUGGACCUUCUCCUAUCUCCUGUUCUUCCGAGCCCUCAGCCUGCUGGGCCUGCCCACCCCAACGCCCUUCACCAAUGCCGUCCAGCUGUUGCUGACACUGAAGCUGGUGAGCCUGGCCAGUGAAGUCCAGGACCUGCAUCUGGCCCAGAGGAAAGAAAUGGCCUCGGGCCUCAGCAAGGGGCCCACCCUGGGGCUGCUUCCUGACGUUCCAUCCCUGAUGGAAACACUCAGCUACAGCUACUGCUACGUGGGAAUCCUGACAGGCCCGUUCUUCCGCUACCGCACGUACCUGGACUGGCUGGAGCAGCCCUUCCCCGAGGCCGUGCCCAGCCUGCGGCCCCUGCUGCGCCGCGCCUGGCCAGCCCCGCUCUUCGGGCUGCUGUUCCUGCUGUCCUCGCACCUGUUCCCACUGGAGGCCGUGCGCGAGGACGCCUUCUACGCCCGCCCGCUGCCCGCCCGCCUCUUCUACAUGAUCCCGGUCUUCUUCGCCUUCCGCAUGCGCUUCUACGUGGCCUGGAUUGCCGCCGAGUGCGGCUGCAUUGCCGCCGGCUUCGGGGCCUACCCCGUGGCCGCCAAAGCCCGGGCCGGGGGCGGCCCCACCCUCCAAUGCCCACCCCCCAGCAGUCCGGAGAAGGCGGCUUCCCUGGAGUACGACUAUGAGACCAUCCGCAACAUCGACUGCUACGGUACGGACUUCUGUGUGCGGGUGCGGGAUGGCAUGCGCUACUGGAACAUGACGGUGCAGUGGUGGCUGGCGCAGUAUAUCUACAAGAGUGCACCUGCCCGCUCCUAUGUCCUGAGGAGCGCCUGGACCAUGCUGCUGAGCGCCUACUGGCACGGCCUGCACCCGGGCUACUACCUGAGCUUCCUGACCAUCCCGCUGUGCCUGGCUGCUGAGGGCCGCUUGGAGUCUGCCCUGCGAGGCCGGCUAAGCCCCGGGGGCCAGAAGGCCUGGGACUGGGUACACUGGUUCCUGAAGAUGCGCGCCUACGACUACAUGUGCAUGGGCUUUGUGCUCCUCUCCCUGGGUGACACCCUCCGCUACUGGGCCUCCAUCUACUUCUGCAUCCACUUCCUGGCACUGGCGGUGCUGGGGCUGGGGCUGGCUUUGGGUGGAGGCAGCCCCAGCCGGCGGAAGGCCACGUCCCAGGCCACCAGCCUGGCCCCGGAGAAGCUCCGGGAGGAGUAAGUGCCCAUCACGCCCUCUGCCAACCGCCAGCCCUGGCUUCUCUGGGGAUUCUGUGAACCAGGCGCUGCCUCCUCUCCCAAGAGAGGUCCCUAGCUUGGCUAGGGCCCUGGAGAGAAUCUCCUUGCCCCAGCUAGACACCCUGCCUCUAACUGAAGCCAGGCUGGGUGCUCUCGCCCUCUGCCCUGGGGCCACCGGUGGCCACUUCCCCCUCCUUAAAGUCGGGGUAUUGCCUCACAUGUCCCUUCUGCAGCUUCUGGGUAUCAGACAGUGCUGUACUUCCCCAGAGCUGCGAGGCCAGUGACUGCAGUGUCUUGGGCAUAUUCCCAUGCCCAAGGGGAAUCCGAUUCCCAGUGAGGGUCAGGAGUUUUGGGGCCAGGUCCUGGGAGUGGGCAGCCCUUUCCUGUGUCUCUCACUCCAUUUUAGCUCAUCAGACCAGUAUUUUACUCUUGAGAGGGAGCACAGACUUCCCAUUUCAUAAAGGGGAAACUGAGGUGCAGAUGAGCAGGCCUGCGACUGCCAUUCUGUGGCUCCCGCUUGACACCUCAGGGCCUCCAUGCUCCCGUCACACUCCUGUCAUCUCGGCCUGAGGUCAGAAUGUGUAAAUCUUUCCCAGUAAAGUGUUGCACAAAGACA